AUGUCCCAGUCUAGAAUUCAAGAGCAAAAAAGGGCGGUUGCAGCGUCAGCUGCCGCUCAACAAAGUGACAACAUAGCGCAUGCAUUAGCUGGCGCUGGCGGUGGCAUUCUUUCAAUGGUCUUGACCUAUCCUCUCAUCACACUUUCUACAAGAGCACAGGUCGAAUCGAAACGUGCCCAUUCCACAACCACGGACGCCGUUCGCCGCAUUGUCCAGCGUGAGGGUUUCAGUGGAUUGUACUCCGGGCUUGAAUCGGCACUGUUCGGCAUAAGCGUUACUAACUUCGUAUACUAUUACUGGUUCGAAUGGACUCGUGCGGCCUUCGAGAAAGCGGCCGUGAAAGCUGGUCGUGCAUCCAAGAAACUCACCACGGCUGAGUCGAUGAUCGCUGGGGCUAUCGCCGGAAGUGCAACAGUCCUGAUCACCAAUCCCAUUUGGGUCGUGAACACAAGAAUGACAGCUCGCAAGUCGGAUGCGGAAGAUCAGGCAUUGCCUGGUGCGCCAGAGAAGAAGACGCGGGCUUCGACCAUUGGCACUUUGAUGGAUCUGCUUCGACGGGAAGGGCCAACGGCCCUUUUUGCCGGAGUUCUCCCAGCCCUCGUCCUAGUGAUCAACCCCAUACUGCAAUAUACCAUCUUUGAACAGUUGAAGAAUAUCGUGGAGCGCCGUAGACGCAUGACACCUAAGGAUGCGUUCUAUCUGGGCGCUUUGGGCAAGAUAUUGGCCACCACGAUCACGUAUCCUUACAUCACCGUCAAGAGCCAGAUGCACGUUGCAAGCAAAGAUGGUCCCAAGGAGAGUUUGAAUGGAAGCUUGAAGAGAAUUAUCAGGGAGGAAGGAUACACAGGUCUGUACAAAGGAAUUGUUCCAAAAGUUACGCAGAGUGCGAUUACCGCGGCUUUCCUGUUUGCUUUCAAGGACGUUUUUCUUCUGAAGGCCUGGAAAGGUGCUUCGAAUGACGUGAAUGUCCUGGCUUGGUCGCCUGACGGUACCAGAUUUGCAGCGGGCGCCACGGCCCAAUGUGAUGAGGGCAAUAUGGAGUACAAUCGGGGCAACAAUUUGGUCAUUGGGGACUUGACGUGCAAUCGCCUCGAGGAGGUGCCUGGGCAUUAUAUAAUUCGCCCUCCUGGGAGGGUUGCCUCUCAGCGGGCCACAAGUGACAACCGUCUCUUCAUGAGUGUUACUGCUAUGCAGUGGUUCGAUGAUACACUUUUUACUGCCAGCUACGAUAAUACAGUGAAACUCUGGAGGUUUUCUGGCAACCGGAUAACAAAUCACAAAACGCUCCCACAUGAAUCGAAAGUAUUAGUCAUGGCGCGUUCAAAUUUCCAAGAGAAUCUGCUGGCGACCGGCGCGCAAUCUUUCAGGCUAUGGAACAUCAUGGAGUCAAGAGAUGCUCCCCUGACGAUCGAGUCUAGAAGAGAUCUGACACCAACUUGCUUGGCUUGGGGGAGUACCCAUGAUACUAAACAUUUACUGCUCGCUGGGAUGUCCGAGAGGGAUGAUGGCCUACCGCACACGUGCCCAGCCCCGAAUGGCUUUCUCACUGGGUGGCAUGUGGGUGAGGCUUCAAUAACCCCAACCCCAUUUCAGCCUAAUUCUCAGAAUAUAUUUGAUAUCAAAUGGCACCCAACCUUGCCGAGAUUUGCCACAGCAAGUACGGUAGGCCAGAGCCAAGUGUCCCGGGGAACCAGGUCUGUGGUCCGUGUUUUUGAGCCACUGAAGUGGAAAUCUCAGACAAUUGAGUUUGAGUGUCCUGCGCUGGAUAUCAAUGAUAUCACCUUCUGCCCAAUGAACUCAUAUUAUGUGACCGCCAGUUGCACUAAUGGCGUAACAUAUGUUUGGGACUAUCGCAAACGAGACAAAGUUCUGCUAGAGCUUCCUCAUGGUGAACCUCUUAACCAGUUAGAUGAACUACUUGAGAGGGAGCAGGAUGAUGUAGGUGUUAGAAUGGCCUUGUGGGGGGACGAAAUCAACCAAUUCUACACAGGGGCCUCAGACGGUAUUGUUAAGCAAUGGAAUAUCUUGCUAUCUCAAGAGGAUGCUCUUACCAAGGACGUCUUUGGAAUUGAAGAGGAGAUAAUGUGCGGUGCCUUUUCAAGUGAUAAGUCAAAUCUCUUGAUUGGAGACGCAGGCGGGGGUAUCCAUAUCCUCUCUACUUCAACCUCUUCGCCUCGUGAGGGCAGAGACCCAAAUGAAGAUGAACGAAAAAUGCAAUUCAAGCACGCAGCUCAGCCACCCUGCGAUGAUCACGCAUCAGAUUCAGAGUCUGGGCUUGUAGCGGCGCGAAAGCUACUGAAUUCUGGGAAGCUCAAAAGACACCCUAUUUUUGGAGUGGGUCAAGGUCCUCAUUAUGAUGGUCCUUUUGCAGGGUGGGCUCGCCCAGGGAACCCAGAUCAACCUCAUCUUGCCAGUCUCAAACCGGAUGUUAAGAUGCGACAGCUCGAUGGGCCGGCCCCAAAGGAUCGCAUUGGCUUGGACAAGGAAUCACGGCAACUUGUGGAGGCUCAUAUUCAACUUGCUCGGAUUCGCAACCAGCGGCGAAACGAAUAUAAAAGGAAACGGGCUGUUGAUGUCAUUGAUCUGUGCAGUGAUGAAGAAGAUAAUCAGGGCCCUGAAAGACGAGCGCAAAGUCAGCGCAUUUACAUUGGAGACUUCAUGGGCAUUGCCGAUCUUCGAUGUGAGGUCAUCGACCUAACAGGUGACACUGAUACCGAUUCAGAAGAGGAUCCAAGUACUGCGAGAGUUAGGUCACCUUGCUCUGAGUUCCCUAAAAUGGGCUCUUUGCUUGAAAAGCUGGAAGCCGGGCUUGAAGAGGAUUUUUGGUGGCCAGACAGUGGCCAGGUUGAUCCUAAUUUUCCACAAGAAGCAUAA